AUGUUCACCUCAGUCCUUGCAGUUGUCUCUACCCUCGCUGCCUCCGUGGUGGCUGGUCCUAACAUCGCUGCCCGCGAGGUCUUAGCUACUUGGCCCGCCGAUGGCUUUGAGCAGAAGUGCUUCCACCCGGGUGGCUGCACAGCAGUUUUCAACAUCAAGGCCCCCGCGGAAUACGUACAUGGUGCUCCGGCAUUCAGUGCCAUCUGCCACCCUCUUUCUGCUGAGCAAGAUGGUACUCCUAACUGCGAGGCCGUAACUGAUCUGGCCGCUGGCUCGUAUGUGGAAUCGGUGUGGGAAGUACCCUCGGCGGACGACCUCGUGAAGAUAUCGGUAUUCCACAUCUGGAACGAAGGUGAUGCCCGAUACAAUGCCUCUGGCUCCGUCGAGUUCCCCGCUAGCGCCACCUCGUUUGAAGUGCCGGUGACGUCGAUGACCGCUGUCUUGUAA